CUUUGUUUCUUUCUUUUGUUUUCUUUCAUUGCAGCCAUGGAGACCAGCAAUGCUGGGUCGGGUCAGUUUUCUAUGCGCCGCUUUGUGGUGCCAUUGAUUUUGCCGGGCUUGCUGCAGGGCAAGGCCCAGACCUUUGUGACGCCCAUGUUGCCCAUCUUCGUGGCGGUGGACUUGGGCGGCUCCCACGGCUGGGUGGGUUUGAUCGCCUCCGCGUACGCCAUCGCCCAGUUCGUCGGCUCCACGCCGGUGGGCGUGCUGAUGAAGCAUGUGCACUACGCCACGGCGGCGUGUGCUUCUUUGGCCCUUCUGGUGGCAACAGCCUUGCUGUCCUUCGCAGCGCAAUCUGUGGUGGUCCUGCUGGCGGUGAGGCUUGCGGGUGGGCUGGGCAGCUCUGCCUUCGACAUCUCCCGGAAGGCCUACAUCGCGGCAGAGGUGCCGCCCGUGCAGCGGGGCCGGGUGUCGGCGCUGCUGGCGAGUAUGCAGAAGUGGGCCAUCAUGAUCGCAGCGCUGCUGAGCGGUGUGGUGGCGCAGCAUGUGGCGACGCGGGGGAUUUUUCUGGUUCAGGCCGCCUUGUCGUUCCUGGCCCUCGUGUGCAUCGGCUCAGAUGCCCUGUGCAACCGGGCGAAGAGUGCCGAAAGCGAGGUGGAUGACGCGCCCUCAGAGCGCAGUGACGGCGAGGGCCGGGACACGUCGCUGCGGGCGGUGCUGAGGGAGAAUUGGCGCGGCCUGCUGGGGGCGGGGCUGUACUGCGCCAUGCUCAACGGCAUCCGAAACACCUGGAUGGUGGCAGUGCCCUUGCAGGCCCACCACAUUGGCCUCAGCAAGAUGGGCAUCGGUGGCGUGGUCGCCUGGUACCGUGCUUGCGAUGCCACCGUCACCGGCCUGGCCGCAGGCCACCUCAUGGACCGCUACGGGCUGAAGGCAACUGCGAUACCCUCAAUGUUGCUGAUGAGCCUGGCCUUUGGCCUGCUGGCGCUGGCGCAGUCCGAGCUGAGCCUGGUGCUGGUGGCGGCGGUCUUCGGCCUGGGCAACGGCCUCUGCGGCGGCAUCCUCAACGCCUUUGCCGCGGGGCUCACGCCCCGCCACGCGCGGACUCAGUUCCUAGGGCUUUGGAAGACGGUGACCUCCGUGGGCGGCAUCUGUCUGCCGCCGUUGUUCGGCGUGGUCUCGGACGCCUCCAACCUGGGCCUGGCCUCGGGGGUCCUGGCGCUCUGCGGCUUCGCCACCGCGGCCUGGACGCUGCUGGCGGUGGCCGAGGUUGGGACCCACUCGACCGCUCCAGAAGCCGAAGCGCGCUCAGUAGCGCUGGUGGCGAAUCCGGCCACGCCGCAGUCGCAAAGCACGGCGGCCAGCGCGUGAGAUCACGGGGAAGCGCAGAAGCCACUUGACGUUGACCCCUGAAGAAUGCCCCCUCAGUGCAAAGGCGGAGGCUUUUGUAGCGAGGAUCGGGGACUCUUUUUGAUGAGGAUCCCUUUCUUCCAGGGGGACCCCCCUGCUCAGGACUGGGGGGUUCUGCCAUCAGGGC